AUGACAUCGUUUGUUUCGGAUUGUAACAGUAGGUUAGAAGUUUAUAAUUAUAUUAUAUGUGAAAACAUGAAUGGAAAUAUAAAAUUAUAUAAAUCAACAAAUCUUUGUUUAAAAAUCGUCAAAAGUACUACUUUCAAUGAAGGUUUCUCUUUGUUAAUAUUAUUGAGAAUAAUUGAAACACUAGCUUUAAGAAUAAUUUCUGGUAGUAAAUUAAUGAACUAUAUGGUUUUGAUAUAG